AUGAACGAAGAGGGCGGAUAUCUUGGAGCAAUGACUUAUCAGUGCUUGUACAAUCCAGUUAUGGAGAAAAUCAAACAGAAGCACCGAGACGAUCCAAGAGCUUCUCUUGCACUCAACAAACUGCAUACUGCAUUGACCACCUGUGAGCAAGCGUCUCCAUCGUUCCUCUACGACUUCACAAAAGUUCUUCUGGAUGACUCGGAGUUGAAUUUAAAUCUACAGGAAUCCUACUUGAGAAUGCAUGACACUUCGCCAACAAAUGAUUUGAUUGUCAGUGGCUAUGAACAAAAUGCCGAUUACAAAGAGCUCACGAAACGAGCCAUCGAACUUCGUCGUGUUCUAUCGCGAGUGCCAGAAGAAAUGUCUGAUCGUCACGCAUUCCUUGAGACAAUUAAACUGAUCGCAUCUUCAAUCAAAAAGCUGCUCGAAGCAAUCAAUGCUGUCUACAGGAUUGUCCCAGUGACCGCCCAACCGGCAGUCGAAAAGCGCAAGCGAGAGUUCGUGCACUACUCGAAAAGAUUCAGUAACACUUUGAAGACCUACUUCAAGGAUCAGAAUGCCAACCAGGUAUCGGUUUCCGCGAACCAGCUCGUCUUCCAAACCACAAUGAUAGUCCGUACGAUCAACGACAAGCUUCGCCGCGCUUAA